AGGAGGCAAAGUAGUAAGUACCACCACCACCCCGCACACACACAGGAGCACUUGGCUGGUGAGUAGUCGUCGCGAAAGAGAACGGCAUCGUGGGAGUGAAAGAGAAGAGAGAGCGAGAGAGAGAGAGAGAAAGAGAAAGAAAGAGAAAGAGAUAGCGAGCGAGUGGAGCAAGUGGCCACCGAAGCGAAACUCCGCACAAACCGGGACGACACAGGACUUCGCAUUCUGCAAACGCUCUGGAUGCGGAUCGCAUUUUCAUCAGCGGCAGGGCGCUUCAAUCCAAGUUCACUCUGGCUCCGGUGGCAUCGCCGUCGUUGUCGUCAUCGUUGGAUAACAGUGGCAGUUGUUUCGUCGUGGAGUCUUGGAGUAGCAGUUGUGUUCGCUAUUGCUAUUGGAAAUGUCCUUUCAUCGGUGAAUACGCAUUAUUACAGUGCAGUGCCAGGUGUAGUGGUCACUAGCCUCUACUCCCCCAGGUGUUCUGGAAGAAUUUGCUGUUUCACGAGAGGUACACAACGGUGCGCACGAUAACGCAUCAACGUUGUAUCUGGAUGGACAAUUUAUUCUGGUGAUUUCGAUAAGGGUUCUGGAGUGUAAAACUGAAAACCGUCGUCGAGUGGAUAAGCAAGAAGUGAUUAGAAGUGUUUUGUGAAGCGUAAUCAGGGACUGUUUCCCGAAUUAACUCAUCCUCCUCAGUGUCUCCGGAGUGACAAGCAGUUUAAAAUUUCAGUGAAUCCAUAAAGAGCUCAAUUUUUUUGUGUGAAGAAAUAGAACGUAUCAGCGACGCGAGCGAAAGUGUGUGUGCGUUUCCGGCGGGAAUACGACAUCAUCAACAAACCCUCCGGAACCAGCCAGCAUCAGUAGAGCAGCGCAGCAGUAGGCCGCGGCCAUCGGGUGGACAUACUCGCUGAAAAAUCCGCUCCUCUUCGAAGUGACUGGCGCAACUGGUAACGGGCCAGUAUCCGACUCCAAGGAUCCGGCUCCAUUCUUGACGCGGCCUCGUUCGGUGCCUGGGACCCUGGCCGGGGGCUGGAAAAAUUGAGUUCGCAUUGCAUCGCAGCACAACGUGUGACGGAAUGACGUAGGAACCGGGACGACCGUGUGCCAUCUACUCCGGAGGAAUCCGCAUCUCGCGUCCACUCUCCCCGCAACCUCAACAACAAACCACAAACCCGUGACCGUGAUGAUGAUGGAGGAGACCUUCCUGAAGGCCGUCGAGGCGGGUCAGUGCGACACGGUGCGGUCCCUGCUCGACCAGGGACACGUGGAGCUGGACCAUCAGGAUGCUGCACGCGACGGUAACAGCGCCCUCCAUCUGGCCGUCACGGCGAAGCGCAACAAAUUGCGCCUUAUCGAGCUGCUGCUCGAGGCGGGCGCUGAUUGUAAUCUGCGCAAUCACCUGAACCUAACACCGGCCGAACACGCACUCGAGCGCGGUUGCCAGCAUGUGGCCGACCAGAUGCUGCACAAGGAACUGGACGGUGUGGCGGAUGAUCGGGCCGUUCUGCGGUUGAUUGGCCGGGGAUCGGUCGAGCUGCUGAAGCUCUUCCUCGAGAAGCGAGCCUUUGACAUCCACACGAAGAUGAAACUGAUCACGCGCAGCAUCGACGAGCUGUCGGUGAAGGGUGUGCUGAUCGCGGAACCGAUGCGUGUCUUCCUCGAGCACGAACUGAUCACGUACAGCUACGAGUGUCCUUCGACCGAGCGGCGUGGUGCAGGCCGAGCGACGCCUCCGAAUGUCGGCGAUCAUGCUGUUCCUGCUGCUGCUGCUGCCGAUGGGAAGGAUGGACCGCUUGGAAUGCGCGACACAGACGCUGCUAGGCGCGUAGAGUUAGUGCUAAGCUAUACCAAAUACUUGAGCGAACGGUACGAUGGCGAGAACCUGAGCGAUCUGGACGAUGAGUUUGUGGUGCGACUGCGGGCCAUCUGCGAGUGUCUGUACUUCCUGGAUGAGCACCUGAGACGUGGUGGUGGUGGUGGUGGUGCCCGGAUGACGCCCAAGUGGUUGCGCGUCGUCCCACUGACGGAGCUCACCUACUUGGCGAGCAUAUUUCUGGGCAUUUUGGAGAAGAACGUUGGUUUCGAGAUCUACAAGUUGGUCCUUAACCGAAGCAUGCUGGUUUCGUACCUGCAAGCCGUCAGCGAAACGUUAGCCGGCGCGUUGAGCACCGCAGCGGCAGCGAGUAAAAGCCGACCGGACACCAGCACCGAACGGUCACUGUUUCAAUGGACACCCCAGCUGUUGCUGGAUCUCAUCGCGUGCAUCCACGAGCACAAGCUGUCACAGUACGUAGCCCGGCGGCGAAGGGCGAACGUCGAUCUGCAGCGCAUUAGUGCACAAGCCGAGGACGAAUGGACGUCUCUCUCCGAGGAUGACCUGGCACUGCUACAGGCGGAAGUGACACGGGGCGAGUUUGUGGCACUGACGGGACGGGGCCCGGACGACAUCAAAUGGGGUGUAGCGGAGUAUGUCGCUUAUCUGCGAUCGGUUGGCAGUGAUGGCGGCGACGGCAACGGCGACGACGAUCUGCAGCAGCAGCAUCAGCGGCAACCGUUGACAGUGGGCCAACUUUGGCACCGAAGGCAUCCGAAGCUCCGCCUCUCGAAGCGACAGGUGGCGUACGCGGCGAGCAGGCGCGAACUGCUCAAGAUCCGCGCCCGCCGGUUGGACGAGCUGAGCCGCAACAAGGUGAAGCAGCUCGAGAAGGAGCUAACCGGGCGCGACUUUCAGGCGGUCAUGGGUGGUGGCGGACGGGGCGGCACCAUCCGGCGGCGGAAUCGCGUCGUCUUCCGUGCCAUCCGUCGCACGUACGAGCAGCUUCGACAGAUGCACACCAUCAAGCGGAUCGCAUCGUACGUCGAGAAUGCGUUGGUCAUCGAUCUGGAUGAUCGGACGAACGAAGCGCUCUGUCUGAUGGCCAUCAAGCGUGUGCUGCAGGUACUAGCCGAGGCCGCGGCAACAGCAGCACCGCUUGGGAGCACCACAACCGAUCAACCACGAUCAUCAACCUUCACCCGUACGUUAGACAAUCUGCUCGAACACAUCCUGGAACCGCUGCCCGCUCGUGAGGCGGCCGAUGUACGUGAAUCCUUUUCGACGCGUUGCUCCGCGGCCAAGUACUUCAGCGCCGGACGGGCACUGUUAACGAUCGCCCAAGCCAAGCUAAUCCAGGAGCGGCUGCGUGCCGUUUAUCGGUUCUGUCUGUACGUGAUCAACAUCCACCUGAUCGAGGCAUUCAAGACGUUCCUCGGGACGGCCUAUCGGUUUCGGUCGACGGCACAGCUUCGCUCCUACGCCCGCUACAUUGGCGAACACAAUCUGCACACCCUGAGUCACAUCAAGUUCGAGCACGUGUUCUACGAUGAGCGUGAGACGGCCCGGAUCGUACAGGAGCUGAAGCGAAUGUACCUCGGUAUGACGAACGAGCUGACGCUACUGUCCUUCAUCGAGAAGAACAUCCACUUCCGGUUCUACCACAUGCAGUACCACCAGACGCGCCUUCGCGUCACCCUCGCCAACUUCGCCAUCGUAUACCGGGCGAUGCGUGCGAAUCCGGAUGCGGGUUGUGUGCGGCGGCUGCUACACUCCUAUCUGCACCAAAGCUACCAGAAGUACGACAUCUCCCGCUCGAUCUCGAUCUCGGACGCCAAUCUGGCGCUGAAGGAGCUGCUGCGACCGUACGGGUGCGUCAGUGAGAACGAGGAAACGCUUCAGGUGGUGCAGCAUCUCGAGCAGCUCCGGCGUCUAAUGGAUCCGGACUGUUUGUUUGGAAUACGUUUGGUUGUGGGGCAGCCACAGGCAACAACCACCGCCGCUACCGCCACCGCCACCGCCGCCACCAUUGCUGCCACCUGCGAUCGGUAUCAGGUGCUAACGCGCAAACUACUACAGAAGCACAUCCCACCGAGUCCGCUCGACGAUGAGGAGUUCGGGCAGCUGCACGAGAAGCUAAAGCGAACGUACUACGAGAACGUGUUCCAGUUGCACAAACGGCAGACCACGAUGGAGGAUUUUUACCGAUCGAAGGGCUUCACUACUACUAGCAGCAGCUGCAGCAGCAGCAGCAGCGUUGAUCGACAGGACGAGGAGCUGCUGCAGGAACUGUUCGAUGCGAAGGUGAACGAGUUGGUCGAGUUGGUCGAGAAGCUGGUCGAGAGUACGGAUGCUGAGCAGCUCCCGGGUGCCAUCGCUGAGCUUCCCCCCUUCGUACAGUUUGCCCUCGAGUUUGGGCUACAGGAACUGCUCGAAAUUCUUGCCUCGGUCAGUGUGAUCGAUCGUGAGGUCGUUGGUCAGUAUGCGCUAUUCCACUCGCCGGCGACCGCACUGAGUGGUUGUCUGUUGAGGAAGUUCCUGGCCGGUGGCACUGGCUCGGUGGUGCUCGAGUCGCUCUGCUUCAAAUCGAACGCCACCAUCUUCCUGAACGCGAUCGUCUUCAAGCGACACUCGUUCCGGUUGUACGGCGAAGGUGAGGAUCACGGUCACGAGAUGGAACCCUCGUCAGUGUCAUCCUUGCCGUCGUUUGACCACAAGUUCGCCGAUCGAUUGCGAUGGCUCGAGGAACAGCGCCAACUGUUCGAUGCCGUCCGAAGGCCGGACUGCGAGCUAGAGGAAGUGCGAUCGUACGAGCGUGCCGGUGCGGUCAUUGGCGGUACGCGACGGUUCGGCUCGUUGCUACCCAACGAGCUAUGUCAUUACGCGCUAAUCGAUUGUGCAAUCGUCGGUGACUUCCGUGCGAUGAUCGAUCUACUACUAGUCGGGGACAGCGAUACCACGGCCGCGUGCCAACGACGUCGUGGCGUCGGGCGUGCGCACCUGCUCGAAUAUCUGCUGCGCCGAACGGCCAAGUCGCACUUCAUGGUGGGCCGGCUCGAUCACCUAUCGACCGAAGACCGGCGGAUGCUGGUGCUGUACCUGUGCGUGUUUCUGGGCGAUGUGCCCCUGUUCCGGACGCUGCUCACACGCUACGAAGCGUACGAUCAGCUGCACCUGUUCGUGCACACCG